GCUUGACAAGCUUGGCCCCGCGCUGUCAGCCGCACUCAGCCUCAGUCAGACGUGUUGCUCUCAGUCCCAGUGGACGGAGUUUACUUUACGCCGACAAACAGCCACCACAGACAGCUGGAGAGGGACCUGCAGCACCGACACAGACAGCGGCGACCGUUCUCCAAGGAGGAGUGAGCUGGUCGGAUCCUGUGGAUGAAACAACAACAGACAAAGAGGUUUACAGUGUCAAACUCGACUCCAUGUCCUGGACCAGAGAGGGAUUUAACUCCGAGGAGAGAACAACACAAAGUAUUAGUCAUCUGCUGUGAAUGGACACGGUGAAGAUCUCAUAAAGGACUAAUUUCAAACCUGUGUCCUCGCCCUGGACAUUAUUUGACUCUCUAAAUCGCAGCACACACACACGCACACACACAGAGCCAUGGAUGUGACGGCCGAGCAGCCGCGCUGGAUGCACCACCACGCCGUGCUGAACGGACAACACCCGGACUCCCACCACCACGGCCUGGGUCACAACUACAUGGAGCCCACGGCGCAGCUGCUGCCUCCAGACGAGGUGGAUGUUUUCUUUAAUCACCUGGACUCGCAGGGGAACCCGUACUACCACAACUCCGCCCGGGCCAGGGUGUCCUACAGCCAAGCGCACGCUCGACUGACCGGGACUCAGGUCUGCCGGCCUCAUCUCAUCCACAGCCCGGGGAUUUCAUGGCUGGACGGGGGCAAAGCAGCUCUGUCCGCCCACCACCACAACGCCUGGGCGGUCAGUCCCUUCAGCAAACCCAGCCUGCACCACCCGGGCUCCGCGUCCCCCGGCGGCCUCUCCGCGGUCUACCCGUGCAGCAGCAACUCAAACACGGUCUCCGCCCCGUCGUUAACGCCGCCGUCCCACGGCAGCCCGCACCUGUACGCCUUCCCCCCGACGCCGCCAAAGGACGUAUCGCCGGACCCAGGGGCCGUGUCCCCCUCGUCGCUCACCAGGAUGGACGAGAAGGACUCUAUCAAAUACCAGGUGUCGCUGGCGGAGGGGAUGAAGAUGGAGGGCUCCAGUCCGCUGAGGAGCAGCCUGGCCUCCAUGAGCUCACAGCAUCCCAUACCCACGUACCCCAGCUACUCUCUACCGGCCGCACACGAGUACGGCGGCAGCCUGUUCCACCCGGGCAGCCUGCUGGGAGCAUCAUCCGGCUUCAUGCACAAAAACAAGGGCAAGGCCCGUUCCUGCACCGAGGGCCGUGAAUGUGUAAACUGUGGAGCCACCUCCACGCCUCUGUGGAGACGUGACAGCACUGGACACUACCUGUGCAACGCCUGCGGGCUGUACCACAAGAUGAACGGCCAGAACAGACCACUCAUCAAACCCAAACGCAGGCUGUCCGCUGCCAGACGAGCAGGCACCUGCUGUGCUAACUGUCAGACGACCACCACCACACUCUGGCGGCGCAAUGCAAAUGGCGACCCUGUGUGCAACGCCUGUGGCCUCUACUACAAACUGCAUAACGUGAACCGGCCUCUGACCAUGAAGAAGGAGGGGAUACAGACACGCAACCGGAAAAUGUCCAACAAAUCUAAAAAGAACAAGCGGUGCGGAGACAGCUACGAGGAGUUUACCAAAUGUCUGCACGACAAGAGCUCUCCGUUCAGCGCCUCCUCUCUGGCCGGACACAUGUCCAUGGGCCACUUGCCACAUUUCAGCCACCAUGGACACAUGCUCCCCACACCCACCCCGAUACACCCGUCAUUUGGCCACCCGCACCACUCAAACAUGGUGACGGCCAUGGGCUGAGGAGGCUACUUUGAGAACCUGAAACAGUUUGAUGAAGGGGGUAUGAGGGUCUCACUAGAGGACAGGGAGGACAAUGUUUGACAUAUGGUUGGUGCGUCUACAUCUUGACUGUCACUUGAUUGGUUAUGUCAUUGGUAUGUCGGAGAAAAGAUGUAUCAUGGGGAGGAGAGGACAUUUUUACUUCUUAUCUAUCUAGGUACCUAUUUUGAUGGAGGAGGAUUGUGCCUCCUGUCAGACACAUCAUCGCCCCUCGUAGAUCUCCUCUAACCGUCCCCGCUGACGCCCUGAGUGUCUGCAGUGAGGUUCAGUGUGUGCUGAGCACCUUUAUAUAACUGUGAAUAUUGUAAAUGUGUUCGACAGAUGGGGAAGGGGGGGGGGUUAUCCCCUUCACAACAUUUAACGAAAAAGAUGCUGGAAUUUUUUCCUGAUGGACAAUUUUAAAAAUGAAUUUUCACAAAAGAAACUAGCAAACAACAAAGGUUUAUGGAUCCUAAUUUGACACUGCUUAUUAUAAUUAUUGUUAUUAUAAUUAUUAUUGUUAUUCAGAUAAUUUAUUUUUACUGCCUUCUUUUCUUUGAAUAUAUCAUUUGAAUCAUAAUAUGGAUACUGUUAUCCCAGUUAUGAAUAUAUUUCUAGCUGAAGUGCUUUGUCUGAGCUGUCAACAUUUAUACUCAUAAGAAAUAAAGAGAUCAAGCUCAUUA